AUGGACCCAGACAGUGGCCCAUGGACCCAGACAGUGGACCCAGACAAUGGACCCAGACAGUGGAUCCAGACAGUGGCCCAUGGACCCAGACAGUGGCCCAUGGACCCAGACAGUGGACCCAGACAAUGGACCCAGACAGUGGAUCCAGACAGUGGCCCAUGGACCCAGACAGUGGACCCAGACAGUGGCCCAUGGACCCAGACAGUGGACCCAGACAGUGGACCCAGACAGUGGACCCAGACAGUGGACCCAGACAGUGGCCCAUGGACCCAGACAGUGGCCCAUGGACCCAGACAGUGGCCCAUGGACCCAGACAGUGGCCCAUGGAGACAGUGGACCCAGACAGUGGACCCAGACAGUGGACCCAGACAGUGGACCCAGACAGUGGACCCAGACAGUUGCCCAUGGACCCAGACAGUGGACCCAGACAGUGGACCCAGACAGUGGACCCAGACAGUGGACCCAGACAGUGGCCCAUGGACCCAGACAGUGGACCCAGACAGUGGACCCAGACAGUGGCCCAUGGACCCAGACAGUGGCCCAUGGACCCAAACAGUGGCCCAUGGACCCAGACAGAGGACCCAGACAGUGGACCCAGACAGUGGCCCAUGGACCCAGACUGUGGCCCAUGGGCCCAGACAGUGGACCCAGACAGUGGCCCAUGGACCCAAACAGUGGCCCAUGGACCCAGACAGUGGACCCAAACAGUGGACAAUGGACCCAGACAGUGGACCCAGACAGUGGACCAAGACAGUGGCCCAUGGACCCAAACAGUGGCCCAUGGACCCAGACAGUGGACCCAAACAGUGGCCCAUGGACCCAGACAGUGGACCCAGACAGUGGACCCAGACAGUGGCCCAUGGACCCAGACAGUGGCCCAUUGACCCAAACAGUGGCCCAUGGACCCAGACAGUGGACCCAAACAGUGGACCCAGACAGUGGCCCAUGGACCCAGACAGUGGCCCAUGGACCCAGACAGUGGCCCAUGGAGACAGUGGACCCAGACAGUGGACCCAGACAGUGGACCCAGACAGUGGACCAUGGACACAGACAGUGGCCCAUGGACCCAGACAGUGGACCCAGACAGUAGACCUAGACAGUGGACCCAGACAGUGGACCCAGACAGUGGACCCAGACAGUGGACCCAGACAGUGGACCCAGACAGUGGACCAUGGACCCAGACAGUGGCCCAUGGACCCAGACAGUGGCCCAUGGACCCAGACAGUGGCCCAUGGACCCAGACAGUGGCCCAUGGAGACAGUGGACCCAAACAGUGGACCCAGACAGUGGACCCAGACAGUGGACCCAGACAGUGGACCAUGGACCCAGACAGUGGACCCAGACAGUAGACCCAGACAGUGGACCCAGACAGUGGACCCAGACAGUGGCCCAUGGACCCAGACAGUGGACCCAAACAGUGGACCCAGACAGUGGACCCAGACAGUGGACCCAGACAGUGGACCAAGACAGUGGACCAUGGACCCAGACAGUGGACCAUGGACCCAGACAGUGGACACAGACAGUGGACCCAGACAGUGGCCCAUGGACCCAGACAGUGGACCCAGACAGUGGACCCAGACAGUGGACACAGACAGUGGCCCAUGGACCCAGACAGUGGCCCAUGGACCCAGACAGUGGACCCAGACAGUGGACCCAGACAGUGGACCCAGACAGUGGACCCAGACAGUGGACCCAGAUAGUGGCCCAUGGACCCAGACAGUGGACCCAGAUAGUGGCCCAUGGACCCAGACAGUGGACCCAGACAGUGGCCCAUGGACCCAGACAGUGGACCCAGACAGUGGCCCAUGGACCCAGACAGUGGCCCAUGGACCCAGACAGUGGACCCAGACAGUGGCCCAUGGACCCAGACAGUGGCCCAUGGACCCAGACAGUGGACCCAGACAGUGGCCCAUGGACCCAGACAGUGGCCCAUGGACCCAGACAGUGGCCCAUGGACCCAGACAGUGGACCCAGACAGUGGCCCAUGGACCCAGACAGUGGCCCAUGGACCCAGACAGUGGACCCAGACAGUGGCCCAUGGACCCAGACAGUGGCCCAUGGACCCAGACAGUGGACCCAGACAGUGGCCCAUGGACCCAGACAGUGGCCCAUGGACCCAGACAAUGGACCCAGACAGUGGACCCAGACAGUGGAACCAGACAGUGGCCCAUGGACCCAGACAGUGGAACAAGACAGUGGACCCAGACAGUGGCCCAUGGACCCAGACAGUGGACCCAGACAGUAGACCCAGACAGUGGCCCAUGGACCCAGACAGUGGCCCAUGGACCCAGACAGUGGCCCAUGGACCCAGACAGUGGACCCAGACAGUAG